ACAAUCCUGCUAUAAGAGGGAGCCGCACCCUGUAAUAAAAGAGAGAGUAAGCAAGCUGAGAGCAGGAGAAACAAAGGAAACAGGGAGAUGCAGCACUGUGAAUAUUAAAUGAAAAUCUACCCGGGAGCAGACUGGCAGCAUGUUAGGAAUUCUGGAAGCUACAGUGUGUCUUGGGGUAAUUAAAAAUGCCUUGAAUUUAGUCUCAUAUCCCCAUUUUAGAAGCACGGUGAAUACUACAGCAGUGUAUUUCAGUUGUCUUCUAAUAUUCACAGACUUCUCUGUUACAGUAUUUCUGGCUCUGUUACUGCUGUUACACCCAUUAUCAAUACUUCCAGUGAGCUCAGACAUCAUCGCUCUCCGAUUCCUCUCUUUCUUAAGUCACACCUAUGGUGCAUUACUACUGCUAGCCAUUCCUCUGAUUGCUACAGAAAUGCUUUGUCGUUUUAAGCUGCCCCAUCCACUACUGGGGAAAACAGAAGGAGAGUUCCCUAAUGGAUACUGCAACUUCCUGUUGCAAGCACCAACCUUCCUGUUUGCACUUUUAUCAUGGGUGAUUGCAGCUGAUUACAGUGGCCAGUUCCUUCCUGCUGAAGUGGAUCUUAUUAAUGAUUGUUUCAUCAUGCAUCAAGGAGGAAGUAGCCUAACUCAAUGCUUGCCAGACCUCUACUCUACCUUAUACCUGUAUAAUUUUUACUUGCCACUUGUUACACUAUUGGUCUCAACAACAUUUUCAUUUUGCUAUGUGAUAUCUAUUUACCACGUAAAAGACAAUAUAGAAGACAGAAUUCAAACUCUUGAAAACAGUGGUCAGAUAUGCAUUGAAGCUGAUCAAGCAAAGACUCCAAGAAUGAACACUUUUUUAUCUUCUAUGAUUGUAUCAAAUGAAGAACAACCAAGUACUGUCAAGAGGUAUUUUUUGAAAAGCCUGGUGUGUCUGGUGUGUUUGUUCCUAUUUUCACCUGUUCUAGCACUCAAUACAUCUCUACUCAGUUGCACAGAGGAUCUGAGUUCCUGCAUUUUGAACUGGUUUCACUCAUCCAGAAAAAGCACAAUGUUGAAAACUACCUUUUAGAACUCUAACUGGCUUACACAUGGAAAGCUGCUAACACAUGUGCUUGCUAAACACAGGGAGGCACAUAUUAUGCAGUAAAUACUGUACAGUAUGUGCUAAAAAAGGCCUGGCUCAGUGUACGAGAUGUUUUUUGUUCAUGAAAUAGCACAUUUCACUUCUUUUCACUUAAUACAGUACAUAAGAAAAACUGGAAUUUUUUUCUUAACUGAUUCAAACACAAGGCUACAUAUUUUUUCUACCCAUUUAAAAAUAAAACCGAAUACAAAAUCUAAUAAAGACAAUUUUUAACAGAGCUUUAAAUAAAAGUGUAUUUCUGAAGAAUAGGGUAACCAGGACAGUGACUUGGGUCCAGAAAAUUGGGUGAUCUGUGCCUUUUACUAUGAUUUUAAUUAACACAAUAAAUAUGGAAUACAAUUCAAGUAAUUCAAAAUACUGGAUAAUUAGAAAUUUGGUUUGUACUACAUUCUGAAAUAUUUUUAUUCACUUAUUUCAAUUUUCUUCAUUUUGUACAAUUCUUUGUUGUAUUUUCAGGAAUUUACUUACUAUACAAUAUUUGCACUACAAAGGUCUUUGUGAAAUAAUUCAUUAUAAAAGACAAUUUACCAAAUGCACAUUAAUUGUAUGGGCAUCCAUAAAUCUGAAAUAUCAGUUAAUCCAAGGAAAAGUCUCAGAGGAGAAGGAGACUACAGUGUCAGGAGAGGGUAGUAAGCAGGAAACAGCCACACUUUCACUGGGACAAAGCAGUAGUUAACACCAAACAAUAUAACAUGGCUUUUUGUCAGAAUAUCCAACCAUCUGGUUAAUUCGUUUACAUAUUCAGAUUCCUUUUAUUGUCACUGCACUUAGUAAAAUGAAAUUGCAGUAAUCCUAAAGGUGCAUUUACAUAUAAUGGACAUAAUUAUAAUACAAUACAAUAGAAUAACUAAAUAUUGCAUAUAUGAAAUUGAGUGCAAUAUUAUAAAUAAUAUAAAGUGUAACGAUGUACUUGUAGUGCCAGAGUGACUGUUAUGUUGGUCAUUGUCAAUUAUUAUAAGUGUUUAGUUGUUUUCAGUUGUUGUAUGCCUCUGAGGUAGAAACUGUUCUUAAAUCUGUUUGUCCACGAUUGGAUGGAC